GAUGAAAAACGUCAAAUUUCACGCACGACGAUAAUGUAAACAUUCAUCUUGCGUGACCGGUUUUUCUUUAUCGCUACAAUUUUGCACGUAAAAUUACGAGUCAAAUUUGCACAGAUAAUACUCCAAAAAUCCACCCGUGAGCAUGUUCUUUCCUUUCCUGCGUGCACCGAAACGAAUCAGCACUUUGAACCGGUACGCGACGCGUUCGUACGGCAGCAACCACCACCAGUGGAGCUCCAGUCGGAUACGGAAGCAGUUUGUCGAUUACUUCGUCGGCGAAAAUGGGCACCGUUUUGUGCGAUCCAGCUCGGUGGUACCGUUCAGUGAUCCGACGAUCGCCUUCGUCAACGCCGGUAUGAAUCAGUUCAAGAAUGUGUUCCUAGGGACGGCGGAAUCGCCUUGUCCCAGAGCGGUCAACUCUCAGAAGUGCAUCCGGGUUGGCGGGAAGCACAACGAUGUAAGCGUGGUCGGAAGCGAUGGGUACCAUCAUACGUUUUUUGAGAUGUUGGGCAAUUGGUCGUUUGGAGAUUACUUCAAGCGGGAGGCUUGCGAAAUGGCCUGGCGGCUUCUGACCGAGGUGUAUGGGAUUGACCGGAGACGGUUGUACGUGAGCUACUUUGGAGGCGAUAAAACAAUGGGAUUGCCUGCUGAUCUGGAGUGUAGGGACGUUUGGGCCGGGUUAGGGAUUCCUCCGGAACGGAUUAUCCCAUUCGGAGCACGCGACAACUUCUGGGAAAUGGGUAACUCAGGCCCGUGCGGACCCUGCACGGAAAUUCACAUCGAUCAUUCCGAUCGGUUUGCGGAUACCGCUGGCAGGAAGCAUCUGGUGAAUGCCGGUGUACCAGAUUUGACCGAAGUGUGGAAUAUAGUGUUCAUCCAGUACAAUCGUAGCUUAGAAGACGGUCGAAUUAGUGAUCUACCUCAAAGACACGUCGACACUGGGCUGGGCUUGGAGCGAUUGGUAGCCCAUCUGCAGCAGAAGAACAGCAAUUACGAUACGGAUUUGUUCGUGCCUAUAAUUGAUCGCAUACAAAAGGUGUCGAAAAAGAACAGUUAUCAAGGUAUAUUCGACUCAACAGAUCCACGAUGCCAGUUGGACACUGCAUAUCGAAUCGUUGCCGAUCAUUCCAGAAUGAUAACUGCUUGUUUAUCGGAUGGGAUGUUCCCUUCGCAAAACCACAAAUUGCGACGGAUUCUGAGACGAUCGCUGUCCCUAUCCGAGCGGAUAUUCUCCUCUCCAUCGCUACUGCAAGAACUGAUCCCAGUUGUUGUCGAUGCCUUGGGAGAAACCUAUCCCGAAAUGCACAAAAAGCAGCAGCAGACACUGCAGAUCAUCCAACACGAAGAGCAGUCCUAUCGUCAGCUUUGCGCCGAUUUGUCUUCCGAUUCGCGGGCUUUACUCAAGGAAUACACCUACUUCGAUGAGGCGGAAGUAACCGAUCAUCCCGGAUUGCCAUAUGCAUUGAGAGAGAUCAAAAGGCUGAAAGCGAAACAAGGCCUGCGACGGUUAGAUGGAGAAACGAUCCACAAAAUGUAUGACACAUACGGAUUAGAUGUAGAUUUGCUAGUCAAAAUUGGUGAAUUUGAACAGCUAGAACUAGAUAUUGAAGGCUACGGUGCCUAUUCGAAACGUAUCAAAGAAGGAGCAAAACUCGAACUAGCUACUCGCUUACAAGAAAGUCUGAACGCUUCCCAAGGGUUUAGUCAAGGCUUCAACCAAGCGCAACACUGUCCAACUCGAAACGAAUACAAGUACAACUAUGUGUACAACGCAGACAAGCAUUUAUAUGAAAUUCCCAAGUUGAAAACCAAGAUUACCUCAAUUGUGACGGCGGACAACGCAGAGGACAACACUCUUUGUCACGUGAUUACCGAGAAGAGCAAUUUCUAUUUCGAAUCCGGUGGCCAGCAGAGUGAUCGAGGAAGCCUAGUCCUAGCCUCCGAUCCAUCAACUCAGUUCCAGGUGAAGGUCGUCGGUGAACAUCAAGGAUUCGUCAUACAUUCCUUGAAUAGAAGAGCCGCGCAGAACUUGGCCGUUGGUGACGAAGUCAUUCUAACGGUCGAUCCGAUCGUGCGAAGCUCUAACAUCCUGCAUCAUACGGCGACGCAUCUGUUGAAUGCUGCGACACGGAAUGUCCUUGCCGUGCCGAUGUGCCAGCGAUCCAGCUUCGUAGGAGACAAAGGACUUAAGCUGGAGCUGGCAGUGUGCGGUGCCAGGAUUGGACCCGAUGAGGUCGAUGCUGUGGAACAACAGAUCCGGCAGUGUAUCAUGCGGAACGAGCCGGUGAGGGUGCGCGUCUGCAAUGCCAGCGACGUUGAUUUGGACAAGGUCACAAUAAUCCCCGGCGAGGUGUACCCAGAAAAGGAUCUCCGCUUGGUAGAAAUAGGCCAAUCUACCUCAACCGAGUUCUGCUGCGGCACCCACGCUCAAUCCACGGGAGAACUGCAGGACUUUUGCAUCACCAACGUGACCCAAAACAAAUCCGGCUGUUACACUUUCUUUGCCAUUGCCGGUCAAGCUGCCAUCAAAGCCCACCAGCUGGGAGCCCAAAUCCAAAACGAUGUCGGCCAGCUAAAGCACGACAUGGAUCAGCAGUUAUCCAAGGACAUGAGCAACAUCGAUGCCCGUAUGCAGCGGUUGAAGAAUGUGCUUCUAGUCGGUUCCGAGAACAACAUCAACCUGCCGUAUGCCGUUCGACAGCGCUGCCUGGAUGUGAUCAACGAGCUUUACAGACGGUUGAAGGAUCACACCCGAGAAUCGCUGCGCGAGCUGAUCGAUAUCGAGAUGAAAAACCUACAGCAAGAAUAUCCCCUCGCUUCGAACCCAUUCAUCGUGCAUUUUCUGGAGAGUUCCAUCAUUCUAGACGAAGUUCAGUUGAGUAAGGCCACCCGCUACUUUCCGGAUCGCCCCAUCCUGGUGAUGAGCAUUACCGAUGAUCAGGUCAAAGCCCGAGCCACCGUACCGCCGUCCUGUGUCAACGAACACUUCGAUGCGCAGAAAUGGCUCAGAACGGUGGGCGCGGUGUUCAAAUCCGGUGUGGCCGCUCCGAAGGGCCAGAAUCCGGCGGAAGUUUGCAAUAUGAAGAGCAGGAAGGUAAAAACGUUACAGUUUGAAUCGUUGCUCGAACGGGCACUCAAGGAGUCGUCCGAUUUCGCCAGAGUAAAUAUGAAGUGAUAAGUUGCAUGCCGUAGGCUAUCUGUUAACUAGGUUUAUAGUUCCGAAAGUGGAAGAUACUUAAUUUUCUAAGAAAGCGAAUGCGUGACGGUUUACUAUGAAAGAAAUUUCAGUUGAAUGUGCCUACACGUGUAGUAGAUCUUUCCGGUUGCGCUAUAUGAACAUAUGUCUUAGACUUUGAAACAAAUCGAAUCAGAAAGCAUUAGGUGUCUUCGAACGUACGUAAGGUGUUGGGAAAAAUACUCGGCGGUAGAGAAGAAAAUAUGUCUGGUGAUUUCUCACGAAACACGAGCAGUGACAAAAAGAGAUGGUUAUUGUCAAGCCUGGUUCACUGGAACCAGGAAGAAGUCGGUGACGCCAUGGCAGCCUACGAGCACGAUGGCUGGUUUGCAGUUGACAAGGGAGGACCUGAGGCAAUCAUCAAUAUCAAGUAAGUAAUUUUGUUAAAUUUGCACUAUGUAUUAUGUAGGGUAAACGACAAUAUACUGCAUCCCCCUUCCACCCCUUCAUUUUCAAGAAAUUUAAGUUCAUUUGACACGCAUAAUCGAUUAUUGCCUCCCCAUGGAUCUUUAAGCAGAAUACCCUCUUCGAAUGAGUGUAAUCAGUUUCGUACCUUUUAAUUCCGCCCUAUGUUGCUUAUCCUUUGACAGAUACGCGUAUUUCGACUACCACUUGUAAUCUUCCUCAGUGUCAGUUAUCCACUGAAGAAGUCAUCGCAUUCACCCCGCUUAUAUACCAAAAUCCAACCGCUACUAUUGUUACCUAAAAACUAC